CUUGAAGUGUGCCCGGGGAGGCGGGAGCCCAGGGGAGGUUGCGGGAGCCUGCGGGGCGGCUCGGGGCCGCCCGGGCGCCCUGGUCCCAGCCGCGCGCGGGGGAGCACUGACAGCAGUGGGGCUCGGCAGGAGCCGGGCUCAGCCCGCCCUGGCCGCCCCUCAGCCUCCCUCUGCCCCCACCUAUCCCCCGACACCCGGAGAAAAGCGUGCAAAGGCGCGGAGAGGGACGGAAACCACAAAUAAAUAGCGGCGGCAGCAGCGCGUCAUCUGGUGGAGCAGGAAGUGCAGGCUGAGUCCGGAGGCUGGUGCUUUUUGCGCGUCCCCAGGACUUUGCCAUGGGCUGGGGGCCGUGGAGGCUGAGAGCGGCCGGGCGAGGGCAGCGGCGGCGGCGCCCGCACCGGGGCUGAGCGAGCAGCGACGCGCGGGGCGCGCGGAGAUGGCAGCGUCCAGCAACUCCAGCCUGUCCGGCUCCUCGGUGUCCUCCGAUGCUGAAGAAUACCAGCCUCCGAUAUGGAAAUCAUACCUAUAUCAGUUACAGCAAGAGGCACCUCGUCCCAAGAGGAUCAUUUGUCCUCGGGAGGUGGAAAACAGACCAAAAUAUUAUGGAAGAGAGUUUCACGGGAUAAUCUCUCGGGAGCAGGCUGACGAGCUCCUCGGAGGUGUGGAGGGGGCCUACAUCCUUCGAGAAAGCCAGCGGCAGCCGGGAUGCUACACGCUAGCUCUCAGGUUUGGAAACCAGACCUUAAACUACAGGCUCUUCCACGAUGGGAAACACUUUGUGGGAGAGAAGAGGUUUGAGUCGAUUCACGAUCUGGUGACAGAUGGCUUGAUAACACUGUACAUAGAAACAAAAGCUGCCGAAUACAUCUCAAAAAUGACAACGAACCCCAUCUAUGAACAUAUUGGAUAUGCCACUCUGCUCAGAGAAAAAGUAUCCAGGAGGCUGAGCAGGUCUAAAAACGAAUCAAGAAAAGCAAACGUGACAAAUGAAGAACACACGUCAGUGGAAAAGAUCUCCUCCCUGGUUCGAAGGGCAGCCCUCACACACAACGACAACCACUUCAACUAUGAGAAGACACACAACUUUAAGGUUCACACAUUCCGAGGCCCACACUGGUGUGAAUACUGUGCCAAUUUCAUGUGGGGGCUCAUCGCCCAAGGGGUCCGGUGCUCAGACUGUGGCUUGAACGUACACAAACAGUGUUCCAAGCACGUUCCCAACGACUGCCAACCUGAUCUCAAGCGGAUCAAGAAAGUGUACUGUUGCGACCUCACAACUCUUGUGAAGGCUCACAACACUCAGAGACCCAUGGUGGUGGACAUAUGCAUUCGGGAAAUUGAAGCGAGAGGAUUGAAGUCAGAAGGCCUUUAUAGAGUCUCUGGGUUCACUGAACACAUUGAAGAUGUCAAAAUGGCAUUUGACAGAGAUGGUGAAAAGGCAGACAUAUCUGCCAGCAUCUAUCCAGACAUAAACAUCAUCACUGGAGCCCUUAAACUGUAUUUCAGAGACUUGCCCAUCCCCCUCAUCACAUAUGAUACCUAUUCCAAAUUUAUAGAGGCAGCAAAAAUCUCCAAUGCAGAUGAGAGGCUGGAAGCAGUCCAUGAAGUGCUGCUGCUGCUGCCUCCUGCCCACUACGAGACCCUCCGAUACCUGAUGAUCCACCUCAGAAAGGUGACUAUGAAUGAAAAGGACAAUUUAAUGAAUGCAGAAAAUCUGGGGAUCGUGUUUGGGCCCACCUUGAUGAGGCCCCCCGAGGACAGCACCCUGACCACCCUCCAUGACAUGCGGUACCAAAAGCUGAUUGUGCAGAUUCUAAUAGAAAAUGAAGAUGUUUUGUUUUAGUCCAUCAGGGAAAUGAGCUGAAGAACCCCAGCCCCAUCUAAGCUGAUAAAGCUAAAGGAAUAAAAACAUUUCUUACACUUGCUUUGUUUUUCAAACAAGUGACAGAAUUUCCUGGACCACAGUGGAUCGCCGAGUCAGGUACUGUGUCUCAUAGACACGCGCCUUCUCCACGCGAGAACAACAGGGGUGAGGGUGCGCAAACCCCCUCACCUUGGGUCUUUUGCCGUGCCUCGUAUGUGUGUCUGUUUUGCUGGAAGAGUGAUUAAUAAAUCUUUCUUUAACUUAUUAAAAAAUAAUGUAGACCUUUAAACUUCAGUCUCAUCAGUAACAAAAGGGAACUUAAUUCAUAAAGGUACUUGAUACAGGUAUACAUUUCCACUUACAAAAAGAAGACAAUUCUAUCUGUUAAAUGUUAAAUGAAACCUAUAUUGUAAAAUGUAUUUUUAUUUUACCUGCAAGAAUGUUAUUUUAUUUUAGCAAAUAGAACUCAAUGCAGUGCAUUGAUUAUUACCCUGUGUACCUUGUCCCACGUUCUUGCUGUGAUGCCCUAAAAAAGUUGACCACGAAUGCAGUAUUAUCUUGACAUACCUCUGUCCUCAUCAGUGCUUUUCAGUGACGUUUCACCUGCCACAUGUGUUCCUGCUUUUGAUAGUUCUUGCUCUUAAGCACUGGCAUUCUGCUAUUGCAUGGUGUAGUUUAUAGCAAUUGCAGGAUGGUCUGAAACAUCCACAGGUUUUCUUUCCAUAAAAAUUGUGUGAAUUCCCAAAGUAUGUUUUGUAAUUGGUCACAGUUUUUUCCAUAUCAUGCAUAUCGCCGAAUGUGGUUGCUUUACACAAAAUUAUUUGAGGACACUGGAUGUAUCUGGGCUGUGUAAAAAGUUAGCAUUUUUCCUGUUUUCUUUCCAGCCAGGCCCUCUGAAUUCAUCUGUUAAUGGCAAGGUGCAUUUUUGCCACAUUUCUGUAUUGAUGAACAGCAAAUCUGCAGAAUAAUUGUUGAAUUUCUUUUCC